AUGAAAAAUAUUGUGCCAGAUCUUAGUCGAAAGCUUUGUAAAUUAUUACUCUCAAAGUAUCGUCAAAAAACAACUGACAUAAUUGAUGACGCAAAUGAAAGUUAUGGAAGUUAUGAAGAUUUUAUUCAAGGGCAAUGCUCAUCGAAGGAAGAUAAGAUAACUGAAUUACUGAAAUUAAAAAGUGAAGAUAUGUUAAAUAGUUUUUUAUUAGCUAAAGCUUGGUUACAUCAUGAUAUACUUUAUCAUGUCAUGAGUUAUCGUUAUAGAGUUGAACAUGGAUUAUCUGAUAGGAGAGAAAAAGAAAUCGCUAUUCCAUUUCGAGGUAAAAAUUUACCGUCCGAAAAAUCAGAGUUUAGCCAUUCUGAUAUUAUGAUUGGUUUUACGAUCCUUAGUUAUUUGUAUCGAGGAUUAAAUUUCGAACAAGUAAAACGCGGACUGCUUAACUUAAAAAAUGAUCCUAAACAGAAUAGAGAUAGUGUAUUACAAAAAUGGGUUCAAGAAAAUAAAAAGUGGAUUGAUGAAAUAAUUGAAGAAAAAGAAGAAUUUCCGGAAUGGUUAAAAUCUUUUAAAACUCUUGAUCUUGAAGAUGAUAAUAGAAUUGAAAAAGUUCAUCUUUAUCUUUCUCGAAACUUUAACUUUAUCGAAUAUUAUUUAAGUAAUUUCACUUUUCAGAAUAUUAAACAUUACAAAAAAAAACUUACCGGAAAUGCUCACACAUUAGCAGGUGAAGGAGAAACAAAAGGAUUUUCUGGUACUGAUGAUCGUAAUGAUACGAUGCCGGAAUCAGUAGUGCCAGAACGGUUAUCAUCUCAAAGUGGAACCAAUGGCAAGAUGUUGCAUAUUUUAUCACGAGAAAUAAAUAGUUGA